GCUGUCUCGUAUUUGGUUGAUAAGUUGAAACAACCAAAUAACCAUAACUAAAAACCUGAUUCGUACGGAUCUUCCUUUUUGUUGGGCGCACCGUUGAGAAGAAACAGAAUCAGCAGUCGGAAAAUCGGAGCAGCGCUUCACAUUCAAUAUCAGAUCCAAUGAAACAAAUCGUGAAGAUUUUGACGUUAUUGCUUGGAGUAGCUGCCGUUUGGAUAGGCUUGUUGCAGACAUCAACAAUUCCAGAGAGUUACACUUGGCUGUUGCCUCUAUACCUCAUUAUGUCGCUUGGUUGCUAUGGUCUGUUCAUGGUUGGCAUUGGUCUAAUGACAUUUCCCACAUGUCCUCAAGAGGCUCUUUUCUUACAGCAGGAUAUUCUUGAAGCCAAGGAAUUCCUGAAGAAAAAAGGGGUAGACGUUGGUUCUGAUUGAAUCUUGUUUAAAUCGCAAUCACCGUUGUUUACUUGUUUAACAUAUGGAAAAACACAUUCAGUGAAGAUGAAAAAUUAGAGCAUGGAUAGUUGCUGGAUUUCAGUAGCAUUCUUCAAGUAAGGAAUAUAACAGUCCUGAUCUUCUAAUGCCCCAUUCAUGCCAGUGCAGCUGACUAGGACAUGUUUUCUUAUAAUAUUCUUUUUGAGUUCUGUUUCGAGAUAGAACAACAUGAUGGAGUACUUUCUCAGCCACUAAGGGCCUUUAUUUUUUGGGCUCCAUUCCCAAUUAAUUAGAAAUAACACAAUCUCUAACUGUCUUCAAUUUCCCAAAGCUUCCCUCUAAACUAACCUUGUUUUAUCUAAAAAGUGUUUUACUA